UGUUUCUUUUGUUUCAGGUUGAUGGAAAACUACACAUUCAACAGCUUUACCCUCGAGCUGGAGGGGUUGAAAGUCACACAGGUCUCCAUGUACCCUGUCUUUUUCUUUUUCUUGUUCUCUUACAUAAUUAUUAUAAUAGCUAAUGUCGGCAUUGUUGUCCUAGUUUUCAUUGACCAAAGCCUCCACCAGCCCAUGUAUCUCCUUUUUUGCAACCUGCCAGUCAAUGACAUUGUAGGGAAUUCGAUCAUGGUGCCUCGUUUGCUUUCAGACAUCUUGCUGCCUCCCUCUGAACGCCUCAUCAGUUAUUAUGAGUGUUUGGUCCAAGCUUUUACCACACACAUGUUCGGCACCACUUCCUACACUGUGCUCAUGAUUAUGGCCUUUGACAGAUAUGUUGCCAUCUGCGAUCCUCUACGCUAUGCUACCAUAAUGACCAACAAAAUGGUGAUAAAACUGACAGUUUCUGCCUGGGGAGUGGCCUUUGUUUUAGUUGGGAUUCUGCUCGGUCUGACCAUACGGCUGAACCGAUGCGGGACUCGGAUAACAAACCCGUUCUGUGACAAUGCCUCAUUGUUUAAACUCUCCUGUGAGAGUGUGUUUAUUAAUAAUGUCUAUGGCCUCACUUUCACUGUAGUCCUGUUUACAACUUCUAUAGGCAGCAUGGUUCUCACCUAUACUAAGAUUACAGUUGUUUGUUUGACGAAUAAGAGUAAGUCUUUGAACAGUAAAGCCUUGAAAACCUGCAGCACUCAUCUCUCUGUUUAUUUAAUUCUGUUUUUAAGUGGAAUGUUAAUCAUAGUACUGCAUCGCUUCCCUCAGUACUCAGACUACAGAAAAAUCUGUGCCAUUUUGUUUCACAUCAUCCCCGGCAGUUUGAACCCUAUUAUUUAUGGGGUUCAGUCAAAAGAGAUACGAAAAUUCCUGUCAAAAUUGUUCCAGCCCAAAAAGGUUUUGUCAUCAUCAUAA